AUGAUAUUGUCUGAUGUCUCGACUCUCGACCGCUCGCCACAGACCGACGGACGGCCGCCGACCUACGCGCGACGCGACCACCUGCCAUUCCCGCCAUGCCUCGACACCGGCCGCAAGACGGAGAGCGCGCGGCAGUCGGGGCCCGUGCUGCGCGCCGCGGGGCGGACGCCGGUCCCCCCGAGGCGGCGCUGGGUCCCGCCAUCCUCGCUGCGGCACCACGAGGUGCCCGACGGCGACGCCAAACACGACAUCAUACAUAGAAAAGUGCGCGGCAUUCUCAACAAACUCACCCCAGAGAAAUUCCAAAAGCUUAGUGAUGACCUGCUCGGGCUGGAACUGGACUCGGACAAGGUGCUGAAAGGUGUGAUUCUCCUCAUCUUCGAGAAAGCGCUGGACGAGCCAAAGUACUCGUCUAUGUACGCGCAGCUAUGCAAGCGCCUCAGCGAAGAGGCGCCCAACUUCGAGCCGCCCGGCCAGCCAUGCACCUUCAAGCUGCUGCUGCUAAACAAAUGCCGCACCGAGUUCGAGAACCGAGCUCAGGCGUUCGCGGCUUUCGAAGACAAAGUGCUCACACCAGAAGAAGAAGAAAAACGACACUUGGCCAAGUGCAAGAUGCUCGGCAACAUCAAGUUCAUCGGCGAGCUCGGCAAGCUGGAGAUCCUGGCCGAGUCCAUCCUGCACCGCUGCAUCCAGAACCUGCUCGCGCGCCGCGCCGCCGCCGAGCACCACGAGGACUUGGAGUGCCUGGCGCAGCUCGUGCGCACCUGCGGCCGCGUGCUGGACUCCGAGCGCGGCCGCGGCCUCAUGGACCAGUACUUCGCGCGCAUCGACACGCUGUCCGCGUCGCGCGAGCUGGCGCCGCGCAUCCGCUUCAUGCUGCGUGACGUGGGCGAGUUGCGGCGCGGCGGCUGGGUGCCGCGCGUGGCCACCAGCGCCGAGGGGCCCGUGCCCAUCCACCAACUGCGCGGUGACGACGAGCACGCGCCGCGCGCCGCCUCCGCGCGCGACCGCGACCGCGAUGCGCUCUUCCGCGGCGGCCUGCGCGCGCGCCCGCUCGACGACGUGCUGGCCGGCCUCAGCCUGCAGCCGCCCGCCGCGCUCGUGCCGCCCGCCGACAAGCUCUUCGGCAACGGCGGCCUGCGCGACGCCUUCCGCCAGCGCUCCGCGCCCGGCUUCUUCCCGCGCUCGCACUACAAGCACGGCGCGCACGCGCACGCGCCGCACGCGCACGCGCACGCCGGCAAGGACGCGGCGCGCAGCAAGGCGCGCGUGCCUGUCACCGGCCUGCAGGAGCUGCAGAUGCGGCCCGCGCCCAACUCGCUGCUCUUCACCGCCAACCGCCUGUCGCGCCCGCAGCAGCCCACGCUGCCGCUCGCCACGCCCAACGUAUUGACACCGUCGUUUGCAAGUGCGCCGCCACUCUUGAAGGAGCCCGCUAUCACCAUAAAGCCGGCGCCGGACAAAAAGGAUAAGCCGAAGAAAGAUAAGGGUUUGAACAAGGAGGAGGCGUGCCGCCUGGCCAUCGAGGCGGUGACGGCGCUGGCGGAGCGCGCGGAGGCCGAGGCGGAGGAGGAGGGCGCGCCGGAGCUGCAGCGCCUGCGCGAGCUGCAGCUGCCGGACAAGCUGCUGCGGCGCGUGAUCGCGUCCGUGCUGGAGCACGCGCUGGCCGCGCCCGCGCCGCGCGCCGCCGCCGCCGCCUGCGCCGUGGUGCGCGCCGUCAAGCGCGCGCCGCUGGCCGAGCCGCUGCGCGCGCUGCUGGCGCGCCACCCGCACGCGCGCCUGCCCGCGCUGCUGGCGCACGCCGUGCGACAGAAGCUGAUAACGCUGUCGGAGGUGGGGCUGUGGUGCGAGGGCGGACAGCACCACCCGCUGCUGCUGGAGGUGCUGCAGGCGCUGGGCGCGGCCGUGGGCGCGGAGCGGCUGGCGGCGCUGUACGCCGAGAGCAAGGUGAACCUGUGCGCCUACGUGUCGGAGCGCGAGGGCGGCAGCGCGGCGCGAGCGCUGGCGGCGCUGGAGGCGCGCGGGCUGGGCGCGCUGGUGCCGCAGCUGCGCGUGCAGGCCGCGCUGGCGCGCCAGCUGGCCGCCGAGCCCGCGCCGCCCGCGCUCUACCGCUGGAUCAAGGCCAACGUGGAGCCCGCCGUGCGCCACGACGGCGCCUUCGUGUCCGCGCUCGUGGCGCUGCUGGCCGAGCACGUGACGGCGGCCGCGGGCGCCGACGCGCAGCCGCCCGACAAGGCGGCGCUGGAGCGCGAAAAGACGCUGGCGGAGGCCUACGCGCCGCUGCUUACCGCGCUGCUCGAGGGCCGCCCCGACCUGCAGCUGGCCGCCGUCUACGCCGUGCAGCUCCACGCGCACCAACACAGAUACCCCAAAGGCAUGCUGCUGCGCUGGUUCAUGUACCUGUACAACCUGGAGGUGUGCGAGGAGGAGGCGUUCCUGCGCUGGCGCGAGGACGUCACCGACGCCUACCCCGGCAAGGGCGAGGCGCUCUUCCAGGUGAACGCGUGGCUGACGUGGCUGCAGCAGCAGGAGUCCGAGGACGAGGAGGCGGAGGAC